AUGGCAAAUAGAGAAGAUUGUGGUGCCCUAGCCUAUGCAGAACUAGGUACGAUGAACACCUCUUCAGGAGCGGAAUACGCUUACUUCAUGGACGCUUUUGGAGCUCCACCGGCAUUUUUGUUUUCCUGGGCUAGUACUCUGGUGCUGAAACCAUCACAGAUGGCUAUCAUCUGCCUAAGUUUCGGGAAAUAUGCCGUCGAAGCGUUUGUUACAGAAUGUGAACCUCCGGAAAUUGUUGUCAAAAUGGUGGCCCUACUAGCAAUAGUCGUGAUUCUAUAUAUCAACUGCUACAGUGUCAGCCUUGCAACCAGCGUACAGAAUGUCUUUACAGCUGCCAAACUUGUAGCAGUACUCAUCGUGGUACUCGGAGGUGCCUAUAAGAUGUUUGAAGGAAAUACCCAACAUUUGAUGGAACCAUUCAAGAAUACGCAGUAUUCUCUGGGGAAUAUAGCAACAGCAUUCUAUACUGGACUAUGGGCUUACGACGGCUGGAACAACUUAAAUUACGUUACAGAAGAAAUAAAAAACCCAUCAAGAAACCUGCCACGUAGCAUAAUAAUAGGAAUUCCUCUUGUGACCGUUUGCUAUGCUCUCAUAAACGUGUCCUAUCUAACUGUGAUGUCACCCAUGGAAAUGAUGACCAGCGAAGCGGUGGCAGUUACUUUCGGAAAUCGAGUGUUGGGAGUCAUGGCCUGGUUGAUGCCGCUUUCAGUCACCAUUUCAACUUUCGGCUCAGCCAAUGGAACGUUGUUUGCCGCUGGACGACUCUGCUUCGCAGCCAGUCGGGAGGGACAUCUUUUGGACAUCUUGUCGUACGUGCAUAUCAGGAGAUACACGCCGUCGCCUGGUUUAAUAUUCCAUUCACUAAUUGCUGGUGCCAUGGUUCUCUAUGGUACCAUAGAUUCGCUGAUAGACUUCUUCAGUUUCACUGCUUGGAUUUUCUAUGGUGGAGCUAUGGUAGCCCUCAUAGUGAUGCGUCACACCAAGCCCAACUACCCCAGGCCCUACAAGGUGCCAAUUAUCAUUCCGUAUUUGGUAUUAGUGAUUUCUCUGUACCUGGUGAUAGGCCCUAUAGUAGAUAAACCAACAAUCGAGUACCUGUAUGCAUCCUUGUUCAUACUUGGUGGGAUGGUAUUUUACUUUCCCUUCGUCCACUACAAGCUGCGAAUACCAUUCAUGGAGGGCGUAACAGUAUUUCUGCAGAUGUUGCUUGAGGUAGCUCCUACAUCAACGAUGCUUGAAUGAAGAUACUAAGGAAGAACAUAUUCAGCUGGAAUGCUCAAUUGAUUAGUAUUAGUAUCCGUUGUAUCAUGGUUACAGAUUUUAUAUCUCGAUAAAAAAGUUAGAUAUACUUGAAGCCAUCAUUGACAGUUUGCAGAAAAUAUGUUUAUUAUUGAAUUCAAUAAAUUGUGAAUGAUGGCCUGAACCAUUCCAAAUUAUAUUUAUUAUAUAACGACAAUAAAAUCUAAAAAGGUUCAACUCUCUAUGUGGUCGACGUCUCUCUGUUAUAAUAGUAACCAUGAUAUAUAAUUUAUUAGAAAAACUUUUGAAAUGUUUGUGGUAAAUAUGAUGCUGUUGCCAUUCCUCACCCAGAUCAUUGUAAAUUUUGAUUAUCAUUUUCAAAUCACGUUUAUAUUUUUUUAUUAUGUAGACUGAAUGUGAGUUUUGAAAUAUAAACCUACCCAGGCAGACGCUUCUGGAUCUCAUCGAAUUAAAAUAAUUUUUAUUGAUAUAAGAUUUUGAAUUUGAAUUUAAUCAUCAUACUAUGUCAAAAGCAUGCAUUUAUUCAAAAAUUCUGAAACUAUGGAUCUAUAAAGUUUUAGAUUUCGCUAAUGUGACUCUCAGGAAAGGCAGGGGUAGCCAGAAAUAUACUGGAUCGAAUAUUGUUGAAGUGUUUAAGGUGCUUCAUCAGGUUCAUUUUGAAUAACUGUUGAACAUUGAAAUUGUUUUGAAACAUGAUUUAUUGACACUCUGUCUGCAUUUUGAACAAACAUAUCAGAUUUUUUGUGGUUUUCAAUGCUCUGUGUAGCUUAUGUUUUUUCAAAGAUUUCGAUUUUUGUUAGAUAUUUUCGACAUGAAUUUAAUUGUUAUCAAACCAAAUGUUCCAUCUAUACCUCAGAUUAAUUGAAAUAAAAAUUUGAAGCUGA